AUGGGUAAUACAGUGGGGGCACCUAUUGUAGUAUCAGAAUAUUUAGAAGAUGAAAUAGGACCAAUUGUUUUUAAAAAUUCACUAGGAAAUGCAAGAUUUUUAAAAACAGUCAAAGCUUAUCACAGUGAAGAAGGUUAUGUAGUUGUAAAGAUAUAUAGAAAAAGGAAUACGAAAGAGUCGCUAGAGAAAAUAAAAAUAAUGUUAAAAGAAAUUAAAAAUAGUUUUACAAUUGUAUCAGGAUUAAAUAUUAUGCCAUAUCAACAAUUUAUUGAAACAGAAAGAUCUGGAUACUUAAUAAGACAAUAUUUCCAUAAUAAUUUAUAUGAUAGACUCAGUACAAGACCAUUUUUAUCAAUCAUUGAAAAGAAGUUUAUAGCAUUUCAAUUAUUAAAAGCAUUGGAGCAAUCAUCUUUCAAAGGAGUAUUUCAUGGUGAUAUCAAAUGUGAAAAUGUUAUGUGCACAACAACCAAUUGGGUAUAUUUAGUAGACUUUGCAUGCUACAAGCCAACAUUUAUUCCAGAGGAUAAUCCUGCAGACUUUAGUUUUUAUUUCGAUACAAGUGGGCGUAGAACUUGUUAUAUAGCACCAGAACGUUUUUAUGAUACAAAUAAAGCAAUGCCAGUUGGAGAUUUAACACCAAAGAUGGAUAUUUUCUCAUUAGGUUGUGUUAUUGCCGAAUUGUUUUUAGAUGGUUUCCCAAUUUUCGAUUUCUCUCAGCUUUUAUCAUAUCGUAAGGGUGAAUAUUCACCAGAACCAAUCAUCCGUCAACGUAUACCCGACCCAAAUAUUCAAUCACUCAUCUUACAUAUGAUUCAAAAGGAUCCAGAUAUGAGAUACACUCCAGAGAAAUAUAUAGUAAAAUGGACCGAAAAUGAAGCUUUUCCAGCAUACUUUUCUUUUGCUCAUUCUUUUAUCCCAGAAUUAAUGAGACUAGAAAAUGACGAUAGGGUUAUGUGUAUUAGCGACAAAUUUGACGAAAUUGUAAAUAUUUUUAAAACAAAUUUAAAAACAAGUAAUAGUGGCACUCCAUUAAGAAGUUCUUUACAAAAUUCACCAGUUUUAAAUUCACCCAACAAUUUUAGUUUAAACAAUAUUGGCAACAAUUUAACAGAUGCAUUAAAUUCAAGUUCAUCAAACUCCUUUAGAGGUCCAUCAUCAAAAUUGGAAGAAAUUGGUAAAAAUAUAGCAACUAUUGUUUUAAAUACCGAAAAAUUUAUUUCUGAAGCUGAAGAAUAUGAAAGAAUUGAUAUUACAAAUUUAAAAGAUUCAGAUACUCAAUUAAAAUUAAAUCAACAACAACAACAACAACAAAAUCAACAACAACAACAACAACCUAUAUUAAAUAAUCCAGAAACUAAAAAAUUACAAACUCAAUCAUUACAACCACAAAUAAAACCAAAUUUUAAUGAUAAUAAUAAAAUCGAAAAGGUUGAUGGUUUAGAUCUAUUUUUAUCAAUAAUUUAUUCAGCAGUUAAACAUUGUCAAUUUCCUUCAACUAAAGUAAAGUGUGUAGGUUCAUUAAUGGUUAGAAUGGCAGAGCUUUUAGAUGAUGAAUGUAGACUUCAAAAGAUUGUUCCAUAUAUAAUGAGUAUGAUUUCCCCAGAACAACCUACUUUAGUACGAGUCCAAGCUUUAAGAAGUUUAGCAAAAGUCUUAGAAAUGGUUCAAAGUUUUCCACCAAGCGAAUCUUCAAUUUUUUCUCAAUAUAUCUUACCAUCACUUUCGCAACUCUCAAAUGAACAAACUGAUGAACUUAUUAGAAUUGCAUUUGCUGAAAUUUUACCUCAAUUAGCAACCACUGCAAAAAGAUUUUUAGAAAUUGCUCAACAUUAUCGUGACCCAGACUCUGAAGGUAUGUUGGAAUCUUCAAGAUCAUCAAGAGACCGUGGUAAAUUCCGUGUUUAUGAUUCAGAUCUCCAAGACGUCCAAGAACAAUUCUAUAAUAAAGUUUCAGAUCUCUUAACAAAAGAUUCAUGUAACACUUUAAAGAAUAUUAUUCUCUCAGAUAUCUAUAGAUUGUGUGUAUUCUUUGGUAGACAAAAAACAAAUGAAUCAGUUUUACCACUAAUAAUCACAUUCCUAAAUGAUAGAGAUUGGCAAUUAAGAUGUGCAUUCUUUGAAAAUAUUGUAGCCGUAUGUACAGUAGUUGGUGCUGGAAGUUUAGAAUCAUUCAUCUAUCCAUGUAUUCUUUUGGCUCUUACCGAUGAAGAAGAAUUUGUUACAGAGAAAGCGUUAUCUAGUCUUAGCGAAUUAUGUUCAUUGGGUUUAUUACGUAAACCUAUUCUCUUGGAGUUAUUGGUAAAAACUUCACCAAUGCUUUUACAUCCUAACAAUUGGAUUCGUUAUGGUGUAGUCUCUUUAAUUGUCAAAAUUUGCUCAAGUCUUUCUAAAGCUGAUCUUUAUUGUUAUGUUAAACCCAAAUUGGCUCCAUUUUUGGUUGGUAAUGGUGAAAUUAGCGAUAAUAUUAGCGAAUCAAAUUUAAUUCAGUUAUUAGAUACACCAAUCUCCAGAGAAUCAUUUAAUAGAAUAGCGAGAUUUAUUUAUAAACACCAAAUUAAUUUAACAUCAUCAUUACACUCAUUAGAGGAUGAAACUACAAUUUUAUCAAAUAACAGUUCAGGAAAUGCUGGCGGAUCAAAUAGAAGAUUAAGAGCACUAAGUAAAAAAAUAUUUAUUCCAAAUCUUUUAUCCCAAUCAAAUGUUUCAAUCAAUUCAAAUGGUGUAGAGUCUGGUCAAAAUAGUUUAUUAUCAAACUCAACUGAAGAAUCAUUAGCAUUCCAAAGACAAAUGACAAGUAUGGGUAUAUCUGAUAGUGACCAAGUUAAAAUUAUUAAAUGUUUUGAUUACUUACAAUCAAAGAAAUGUAAAGAUACCGAAAUAAUUGGACCUUCAACUUUAAUGUUAUCAUCAUCAUCAUUGUCAUCAUCAUCAAUGCAACAAACUUCUCAACAAGAAUAUUCACUAUAUCGUUCAAAUAGCCCAACAAACAUGGGUAAUGGUAUUACAAUUGGUUCAUUAGGUAACUCUUCAAAUGGACAAUCAUCUUUAAAUAGUUCAAAUACAAUUGGUAGAUCAUCUCCAACACUUCAAGGCUUAAGUAGUUCAGUUGCAUCAAUGUCACUCUCGUCUAGCAAUGCUCCGGUAGUGGAAAUUACUAAACUUCCAUCAUAUAUACCAAUUAGAAUGGUUAAAAUAAGAGGAAAUGAUGCAGCUUCAUUAAACAACUCUUCAACUUCAUUAACUUCUCCAUCUUUACCAACCAAUGCAUCAACUUCAUCUUUGUCAUCAUCCAAUUCAACACCAGCUUUGGCAAACAAUAGUAUUUCAAGCACAUCUCCAAACCAAUCAAAUUUAUCACAAUCACAACAACUACCAACAACAGCAAACACUGUCUCACCACAACAGCCAACAUCACAAUCGCAACCAACAUCACAGCAACAAACACCAACUCUACAACAACCACAAAAUCAACAACCACAACAGCAACAAAAUCAACAAUACCAACAAUACCAACAACAACAAUAUCAGCAGUAUCAACAACAACAAGCACAACAAGCACAACAGGCUCAACAAGCACAACAACCAUCAUCCUCGAUAACAAAUAAAAUUGAUAUUGUUAAUCCAUCAGAUUUAAAUGUUGUCACCAAAAAAUAUUCAAUUAAUACAAAGAAUACAUUUAGUCUUAGUCAAAUAUUGAAAGUUGAAGCAUCUGUAGAAUGUUCAAUCAAAGCUCCCCCACCUCUACCAGAUCUAGGAUCCACAGAACCUACCAUGCCAGGUUAUAUUGGUUCUGGUAAUAACAGUAACAAUAAUAUUGGUGGUAAUAGUAGCACUGGUAUGAGUGGAGUAUACACUGGUUUUGAAUCAUCAAAUGUAUCACAGUGGAGACCAAUGGGUGUCUUAGUAAGUCAUUUCUUUGAACAUAAGGCUGCAGUAAACGAAAUUCAAGUUAGUGGCGAUAAUUUAUUCUUUGCUACAGCAAGUAAUGAUGGAUCAGUUAAAAUUUGGGAUUGCCAGAGAAUGGAAAAAAGUGUUACAAAUCGUGCACGUCAAACCUAUACACAACAAGAGGGUCGUAUAACAUCAAUUUCAAUUUGCGAGAAAACUCAUUCAAUUGCAUCAGCAUCUGAUAAAGGUUCAAUUCAUGUUUUUCGUGUUGGUAUUAAUGGUAAAAUGAAGGGUAGCAAUGUAAAAUAUACAAACUUAUCAACUAUUAAGAAUAUUAGUGAAAUUAAUCGUGGUAAUAUUGUAUCAGUUAGUCAUUUUGCGACCAAUUCAUCUUCAGUAGUUACAUAUGCAACAACUAAAGGUGGUAUACAUGGUUGGGAUUUAAGAAGUCAACAAGAUGCAUUUAAUUUAGUUAAUGACGCAAGUUUAGGUUUAAUACAAGCAUUUUUAAUUGACCCACAUAGAAAUUGGUUAGUUACAGGAACAAGCAGAGGUUUUUUAACAUGUUGGGAUCUUAGAUUCGGUAUUCCAUUAUAUAAUUUCCGUGUUAGUAAUGGCCGUAUAUUAAAAUUCUCACCAUAUAUGGGCUCAAAGCAAUCUUCAGAGAGUUGGAUUCAUAUAUCAACUGAAAUAGAUAAUGUCAUUGUUUUUGAUUUAGCUAAUAGAAAGGUUACACGUGUAUUUAAAAGAUCAUAUGAACAACAAAUUAUACAACAACAAAUUAAUCAACAAAAUCAACAAAGUCAACAAAGUCAACAAAAUCUAUCAAAUUCACAGCUCAGUAAUAGUAUCAAUAAUAAUAAUAGUAAUUUAUCAAAUUCUACAACAUCAUUUGAUUUUGGUACUGAAAAUUUAAGAUCAAAUAAUCAAAGAUCAAAUUCAUUUUCACAGUUUUCAGCUCAACCAAAUAUUGUAAAUAGUUUUAAUAGUAGUGUUAUAGGUAAUAUAAAUGGUACAAGUGGAAGCGGAUUUAAACCUACUCCAAUCGUAAGAGCAUUAUUAAAUCCACCUAAUUGUCAAUUCCUUAUUACAGCUGGUGAUGAUAAAAGAAUAAAACUUUGGGAUUGGAAUAAUUUACCACAAUCUUAUUACGUUUCGAUAGGCAAAGAACCUCCACCAUUCUAUACACAUAGAUUUUCUAAUGAUACAAAAGCAGCUUUUGAAAUUCAUGAAGAAAUUUGGCAUGAUAGUUCAUCAUCAUCAUAUUACACAAAUACAUUACAAUCAUUCAAUUCUUCAAAUAGUGUAGGUAGUGGUGGUAGUGGUAGUAGUUCGUCUUUAUCAAUACAACAGCAACAAUACCAACUACAACAGCAACAACAACAACAGCAACAACAAUAUAUCAAUCAAUUACAGCAACAAAAAUCAAAAUCAUCCAUAUCAAUGCCAUCAAUUCACCACCUUGAACCAAUUUUAGAUAUUAAAAUGAUGGAGGUACCGAAUCCAAUGUUAAUUUCUGCAAGUACUGAUGGUGUUGUAAAAGUAUGGAAAUAA